UCUCGCAACUUACGCCCCCAGAUCUUUAUGUCCACAUGCUGGACUCGCAGGCGGCCGUCAGCCAUGAGUUAUGUGUUCAAGUGCAACUCCCCCCAGACAGCAACUCCACAGUCGCCAUCAAGACCUUAACGUUAGAGUUCCACCGCAGGGCCAAGGCCGAUGAUGUCGCCUCGAUGGACUGGCGGGCUAUUGAGCAGGCCGCUCUCGACAUGCACCCCUCAGAGAAACUGUGUAUCUACGCGCUCGCACUUCCAGUGUUCGAAUGGUUUCUCGACGCCAUGCCAGCCGGGAGGGUCCUUCCCCAGCUCCGUCACCCACGGGAUGUCGAGAUUGUGCAUGGCUACCCUCCUUUCGCGAAAGCGCCUCCUAGGAAGGACGCUAUAACAGCCGAGAAGAUUCUCCACGCUCCCUCGACCUACACCGUCGACGGACAGACCGUCCAAUUGAAACGCCCGCAGAUCAUCCACCUCGCAGGGUGCACUAGCGAUGUGAAAAAGCAGGCUUUCCUUCGCGAGGUUCUCGCUUCCAGCCAGGAUAAGCUCCAACAGCCGCAGAUCGACGGCGCGCCCACGUCAUCUAAAGGAACCGCUGUGGUAAUUCCGUUCCGUUAGCCAAUCAGAGAAUUUGAACUAA